AUGAAUCAGCUGACAACACUCGCACUUUGCCUGCUCCUUGCUGCAGUGGUGCAGGCUGCCUUUGAGGACUUUGUGGUGGGACCAGAGACCGAUUUAGCAGACAACGAUUUGGACACUGAGCUGCAGCAGCUGGAGGAUGAGGAAGCGUAUGAGGAUGAGGAGCUGCUCGUCUCGUUUCAGAGCGUUGAGCGCGAUGGCAUUGUGGAUACGGAACUGCUGCUCAAGGCACUCAUGCAGCACGCUCAGCGCUUGGGCUUGAGCUUGGACGAGUUGGCAAACACGGCUGACAACCAGCUGGAAGCAGUCAGUGAUCAGGAUAUGGAUGUGCAUGGCUGCAAUGCCAGAAAUGGGGAGCAGCUGCUGGACCACGCCCAACGGCCCACCUGGCGGGAUGUGAUCUUCAAUUGA